CAGAGGCACCCAAAUCGUCCUCUUUUUUAUUUCCGCUUCCGUCGUGUGAAACGCUGAGGAACUGCAGUAAAAAUGGCAAAGUCCAAGAAUCACACAAAUCACAACCAGAGCAGGAAGGCCCACAGGAAUGGCAUCAAGAAGCCCAAACGUUAUAGGCACGAGUCCACAGUUGGUAUGGACCUGAAAUUCCUACGCAAUCAGAGAUUCGCCAAGAAACACAACCUGAAACCUAAGGCCCAGCUGAAGAGGGCAACAGAACGCAAGGCCCUUCGUGAAUCCAAGGGAAAGAAAUAAAUGUAGACUUUGCAAGAGCCACAAUAAAAUUUGAAAAAACCUAA